AGCCUAUAAAUAUUGCCCUCUUGGUUAAUACCAUUUUCAACACUUACACAAGUUUACUCACAACAACCAAAAUAUAUUAAACAUAAUUAACUAUUACAAGUAAACAACACUCAAGAACAUGGAGGAGGAGCAGAACAAGAACAAGAUCAGUGAAGAAGAAAAAGCACUUCAUGGAAGACGAACUCGACCAAAGGGUGGAAUGAUCACCAUGCCCUUCAUCUUCGCGAACGAGAUAUGUGAGAAAUUGGCGGUGGUUGGGUUUCACGCAAACAUGAUAAGCUAUUUAACAACACAGCUUCAUCUUCCAUUAACCAAAGCAGCCAACACUCUCACAAACUUCGCCGGAACUUCCAGUCUUACUCCUCUCAUCGGUGCCUUUGUCGCCGACUCUUUCGCCGGCCGGUUCUGGACCAUCACUUUUGCUUCCAUCAUCUACCAAAUAGGGAUGACGUUGCUUACGGUAUCGGCAAUAGUACCGACGCUAAGGCCACCACCAUGUCACGGAGAAGAGGUUUGUGUAGUAGCAGACACAGCACAAUUGAGUAUAUUGUACGUAGCUCUUCUUCUUGGAGCUCUCGGGUCGGGUGGGAUCCGACCAUGUGUUGUUGCUUUUGGUGCUGAUCAGUUCGACGAGUCGGAUCCUAAUCAAACCACCAAAACCUGGAAGUACUUCAACUGGUACUACUUUAUUAUGGGUGCGGCAGUUUUACUAGCGGUGACGGUUCUUGUGUGGAUCCAAGAUAACGUUGGGUGGGGUCUAGGUUUGGGCAUCCCGACAGUAGCUAUGUUCUUAUCCGUUAUUGCUUUUGCCGGUGGUUUCAAACUUUACCGUCACUUGGAUCCCGCGGGUAGUCCGUUUACCCGCUUGAUCCAAGUGGGAGUCUCGGCGUUUCGCAAAAGAAAACUGAGGAUGGUUUCUGAUCCUUCUCUUCUCUAUUCCAACGAUGAGAUUGAUGCUCCUAUCUCCUUAGAUGGUAAACUCACCCAUACCAAACAUAUGAGUUUCUUGGACAAGGCGGCAAUAGUGACAGAGCAAGACAAUAUGAAACCAGGUCAAAUCCCCAACUAUUGGAGGCUAAGCACAGUCCACAGAAUCGAAGAGCUCAAAUCAGUGAUCCGAAUGGGUCCAAUAGGAGCCUCAGGGAUUCUCCUAAUCACAGCCUAUGCUCAACAAGGAACCUUCUCUUUACAACAAGCCAAAACCAUGAACCGUCACCUCACAAAAUCUUUCCAAAUCCCAGCCGGUUCAAUGUCCGUCUUCACCACUGUCGCAAUGCUCAGCACAAUCAUCUUUUACGACCGCGUUUUCGUCAAGGUAAUCCGUAAAUUCACGGGACGCGAGAGAGGCAUCACUUACCUCACCCGUAUGGGAAUUGGAUUCGUAAUCUCGAUCAUCGCUACGCUUGUUGCUGGAUUCAUCGAGAUCAAGAGGAAACAAGUCGCGGUCGAACAUGGCCUUCUCGAUAAGCCUCACACGAUUGUUCCAAUCUCGUUUCUUUGGUUGGUUCCUCAGUAUGGUCUACAUGGAGUCGCCGAGGCUUUCAUGUCCAUUGGACAUUUAGAGUUCUUCUACGACCAGGCGCCGGAGAGUAUGAGGAGCACGGCGACGGCACUUUUUUGGAUGGCGAUAUCGAUAGGAAACUAUACGAGUACUUUGCUAGUGACACUGGUUCAUAAAUUCAGUGCUAAACCGGACGGGAGCAAUUGGUUACCCGAUAACAAUUUGAACCGAGGGAGGCUUGAGUAUUUUUACUGGUUAAUAACUCUGUUACAAGUAGUUAAUUUCGUGUAUUAUCUAUGGUGCGCCAAGAUUUACACGUAUAAACCGGUUCAGGUGCAUCAUAGCAAAGAAGAGAGUAGUAGUCCGGUUAAGGAGGAAUUACAAUUGUCUACUAAGAGUUUAGUUGAUGCAUGAGACUUGGGUUUGGAUUGUGUAAUGUUAAAAUUAGUAUAGUUUGUAAUGUAUUUAUCAAUUCAAUAAAAUAUUAAUAGAAAGAAUAACUUUGUCUA